ACAACAUGGAGAACUUCUCACUCCUCAGCAUUUCUGGACCCCGAAUCUCUUCCUCUGCCCUGAGCGCGUUUCCUGACAUUAUGUCCUCACAUGCCACCAGCUUGCCAGACAUUGCAAAGACCGCGUUACUCACGGAGGCGUCCAGCCCAGCUCAGGCCCUGUCACCCCAGUACUUCGGCAGCGCUCUCCGGCAUGGGGUGCAGAACAUGGUUCUCUCUCCAGACUGCCUUUUGGGGGACCCCCAGACCAGGGAGCCCUGGCGGGGCUGCACUGUCUACCGGCCCUGGUUCUCCCCUUACAGCUACUUCGUCUGCACGGACCAAGAGAGCCCCCUGGAGGCCUACAGCUUCCCAGAGGUGCAGCGGGACAAGGGCAGGGGGGACGGCUGCCUGCCCGAGGACCCGGCUGAGAGCAUCUGCUCGUCCUCUUCCUCCCAGGAGGACGCCUGCCCCCGGGAGGCCGCCAAGAAAUUCGGGCACGGCCUGGCCUCCACGGACGGCAUCACAUCCCAGGACAUCCUGAAGGCCGCCAGGUGGCACCCCGCCCAGCAGAGCGGCUACAAGUGCGCAGCCUGCUGCCGCAUGUACCCCACGCUGCACUCCCUCAAGAGCCACAUCAAGGGGGGCUUCCGGGAGGGCUUCAGCUGCAAGGUGUACUACCGCAAGCUCAAGACCCUCUGGGGCAAGGAGAAGGCGCGGCCGGGGGACAGGCUCUCCUCUGGCAGCUGCCAGGCCUUCAAGUAGGCCCGAGGGAUGGUGAGCGGACGCCUCGGUGAAGAGGCGACGGAGCCUGUUUCCGCCUCCGGAGAGAUGUCAAUAAACCGACACUGGCCACGGCCUUCUGUCAAGUCUGA